AUGCUUCCGAAAUGGGCUCGGGAGCAAGACCGUAUCAGCAUCCUUGCCCGGCCGAAAAUUAUCCACCAAACCGUCUUCUGCAGGCCUUCUGUAUACUGGGUAGAUAAGAUACCUAAGGCACAGCCUAGAACAACAAUUCCAGUCUUAACUCCGCGGCAGGAAAUGCUGUCUCGAUCCAAAACGGUUAAUGCAGACUUCAGCGGGGACAGACCCUCUGCUGUGUGGCCAGUAAAAGCUGCAGCCCUAAAGGUGAAGGCGUCGUCAAGGCUGCUAGAACUGGCACAGCCCCGGCCUUACCGGUCUGCCUGGGAAAUAAACCGCCCCCCUUAUCCGUUGGUGAGCAAAGGAGCACUGGCCGCUGUUCCCUCACAAAGGAUAAUUGCUCUAGCCGUACCAAGGACCGUGCCCGCCUCCGUUGCAAAGAAGCCACAUAGAAAACUAAUCCACCGUCCUGCUGGAGCGGCAAAGUAUGAUGAGCUCUCUAAACCCAAAAUCUACACGUUUGACAAACGCGAUCCGCUCAAGGUUUCCAAGGCGGCUCUCCAAUACGUUCCUUCUCCCCGCAUUAUCGAAAUUAGCCGCCCAGUGAGAAUAAGAGGCAAAGUGGCUUGA